AUGUCCCUCCUCGCCGAGCCACCGCCCUUGCUGAGCGUCAGCGCGCCCUCGCCACGCAGGCCGCCGUCGACAAGAGCACCGGGCCUCACCCUCGGCUCUUUCCGCUCACUUUCCCCGAUAACCAGCCCUCCGACCUCGCCGAAACCUGCCUGGCUGCCCACUCCAGAACAUCCCGUCUGGAAGGCGUUUCCACCCGCGGCCAAGGACGAGGACAAAUAUACAAAUAAUAAUGACAGCAGCCCCGCUCAGCGCCGCCCUUCUCAUCGAAUCCAAUCUGCGUCGUUCGGAGGAGAUGUGUCUGUGAAGCGUGCCAACUCGGACCCGCGCAGAAGAUCGCUCGCUUAUCCCUCGCCUUCGCCCAGUCCGUCCAACUCUUCCUCCCACCACCCUCCCGUCUCUCGCCCGGCACAUACCGAUCCGGAAACCAUCACCCGUCAGGCGCUCUUCCAUCUGCAGGCCGACGACGACUCGGACGACGACGACGACGACGAGGACUAUGCCGACGCACGUUCGGAUUCGCCUCCAAAAGGCGCCCGCUCCGGCGAUGAUCCGCUGCCGAAGAAGCGUAAAGUCAACUCGAAUGCAAGCCGAUAUUACGCCUUGCUCGAGCUACUGCAAACCGAGGCGCACUAUCUGCUCGACCUCCGUAUCCUUGUCAAUAUCUAUCUCGAACAGCUGCCAACGCUGCAACAGAGCCCGCCAAAGCUCUCCCCGUCGGUCUCCGCACACUUUCUACCCCGCGUAUCUGGCCCGUCGGUUCCGCCGUCGGCGCUCAAGCAGGCAGAAACCUCCCCGGAUGUGCGUGUCACACACAGGCGCCACAACUCGGCAUCCAGCGCGACUACUGGCAAGGAGAAGGCGGCGAAAGCCCCACCGCCAUCGCUUCUGCUCCCUAGCGAACUAGAAGUCGUCCGGCGGAACGGCAAGCAGCUUCUGGCGUUCCACGGCGCCUUUCUUGAUCGCUUGCGCGGCGUCGUGUCCGAUCCACGUUUCCGCAUCGCACUCGACGAAGUGCCGGACGGUGAUUGGGAUUGGGACGCCGUGCCGCCUUGGCAGGAUGAAUGGGAACCAGUUCUUGACAGGACCAUUGUGGAUGUCAUGACCCUCUUCACCACUCAAGCUUCUCUAUUCUCGGUGUACGAGUCGUUCUGCGCCGGGCAGCCCGAAGCGAACGAGAUCGUUGCCAGAGUCGCGCGCAAGAACAAGGACGCAUGGGAGGCUUACGAGCGGCGGUGUGCUGAACUCAUCCAACUCGAGCGUGGCCGCCGCAAGCGUACGACUUCAUUGAACAAGGCCGCUGUCAAGCAAAGCACCGCACCCAGCUCCUUUCGUACUUCGGUCGAUGCGCCCCCCACUCGCCGUCAUUCGUUCGGCGCCUCCCUGUUACAGACGGCUCCGUCCGAGUCGCCAGAUGAGGAAGACGAAGGGAGUUCGGAACAGGACAAGGAUACGACUCGCGCCAUCCGUCUCAAGCUUGUCGAUUACCUGGUUAAGCCCAUGCAGCGCGUAACGCGAUAUCCACUUCUUCUUGGCGGACUACUCGUUCACCCUCCCGUUGCUCAAUCGGUGGCCCGUACUCCGCGCACGCCCCCAACGGCAGCAUUGAUCGACUUCACGGGACCGGAUGUGGUGGUCGCUAGCGCACGACUCGCAAUGGAUCAUGUCGCCAGUCAGAUUGACGCGGCGGCCAGCGAGCAUGCCGCAUUCAUCCAGAGCGCCCGUAUCGCCGCCCGACUAGCGCCUGCACCGCACGUAAAGCUCGCAAGCUUCGUUUCCGGAUUGGGAUUGUGCCAACUCGCAGGCGCCCUUGACGUCGUCCAUCACCGCGCUCUGCGAGAUCUUGGGGCGGGAAGCUUGCGCGCGAAGUAUUGCGCGGCAUUUCUAUACUCAGGCGGGUAUCUCGUUCUGGCCAAGGUACAGAGCGCGAGGCGCUACGAGCCGCGACAUUGGUUCGACCUCUCGAACUUCGAGAUCGACGGUGCUGACGACGGAGGGCUACUCCCAUGGUCAAUACGGCUAUACAGUGGCACGGCUGAGUUUGAAUUGGCGUGUUCCUGCGCCGCUGAGAAACGUGUCUGGCUCCAUGCGUUGCGAGAGGCCGUGGCGGCCGCACCGACGUGGUUGCCGGGAGAAGAACCAUCAAGCGUCGGUCGCGAAGUGGUAUCGACCGUACCAUCUACGCUGAACGUCGCGCAUCCUCUACCGCCGACUCCUGGCACCGCCGUUCCAUCUCUCCCACCAAUCCCACCGGUAUCGCCCGUCGCGGAUCUUUCGGAUCCCCUCUCAUGCGGCAACACAUCGCCGUCAGAAGCGAUCCAUGCACCGUUGCACCAUUCCAAUAGCGCGCCGUCUGCAGCUCCGGCCUCCGCACCAGGGACGCCUGCGACUAGCGCUGCGCGGCCGAAGAGGGGAAACUCUACACCACAGCUCACCCGCACUACACCGAUACCUCCGUCUCGCCGCAGCUCGACGGCGUCCGUGAAGGCUUUCUUCUCCGCGGCGCCCGAGAGUGCGGUGAUGAUCUCGCGGGCUACGGCAUUGGCUCGUGCAGAGGUCGACGAAGCCCUACGGGACGUAUUGAGCACUUCAUGUGCGGACGCACGCACUCGAGCUGGUGCUGCUGGGUUAUUUGAAGGCCCUUCGUUCAGUACGGUUGGCCGUGGCGAAGCCGGCGUCGGGAUGGCGGGCGCAAUCGGUGUGGCUGCUCGUAAUCGGCUGCGGAAACGAGAAAGCGUGCUCGUACGAAGAAGUGUCUAUAGCGAAGCUGGUGUAGCACCACUCACACCAGUCGAGAACGUGCCACCUCGGACGAAGGCUCUGUCUGCACCUGUGCGCCCUCCACCGUCAACGCUUAUGAAGCGUCGUGGCAAAGAGAAACACAAACGCGCAAGCCUUUCGGUCGUCACGGACAUUCAUUCAGCGGGCGAAGGAGAAGUUGUACUCUCGCUUGACGGCGAUGGUGUACCCGACACGCUGUCAAGUACUUCGCACUCCAAUUCGCAUGCUCACUCAAUCCCGCCGGUACCACCACUUCCCCCUUUGCCCCCAGUACCGCCACCGAAGAUACCGCCUGCUCUACCGCCUAAACCUGGCCGAGUGGAACGGCCCAAGUCGGAUGCGACCUCGUUCUCGCAUCCACCGUUGUCUCCAACAUCCGUCAUCGCGCGCUGCGAUAGUCCGCAGGCAUGCCCGCCUGCUGCACGCGGGCCUACUCCGGUGCCAGAGACUGCACGACCCACGCUGCUGAGCCCGGGAAGUCCUGUCGAGGCCACGCAAAGCGCCGCGGACCUCUUGACGCCUGCUAGCGCGCAACAUGUCCCAGUACAGCGUUCCCAUAGUAUGGUCGACAAUGUGCGAGGGUUCUUCACGCCAUCACCGUCACCCACUCCAGGGCGUCCACCAAUGCGCGCAGCCAGUUUUGCAGCCCGGAAGCGCCUCGAAGUGCCCGAACAAUACCCCUUCAGCGGGGCAAACCUGAGGCGACGAGUCACGGAUAGUCUGCGCUUCCGGUCGAGGAGCGGUGCUAGAGCUGAGAGGGUUGACGCGAUGGGCUGGCUUGCGCCACCACCGCCCUCUGGCUCCUCUCGAGAGCCGUCGAACUCAAGCUCGAGCUCGGGCUCUGGUUCGCCCGCGUACAAGACCAUGCACGCACGCGGUGUGCUUCGCGCGCUCUUGUCACCCUUCACCAAAUCGGCAUCCGCGCCAUCGUGA